AUGUCGAAGCUUUCAUGGAUUGGCAUCAUUUAUGAGUUCAUUCGAAACUUCUCUUCUAUCAUGCCACCUAUCACUGAGCUAUUGAAGAAAGGAGAGUUUACUUGGACUUCUUUAGCACAACAAGCAUUUGAAGAUGUCAAGGGUAAGUUAUGUUGUGCUCCUGUUUUAGCACUUCCAGAUUUCCACAAGUUGUUUGAGGUGGAAUGUGAUGCAAGUGGAGUAGGGAUUGGGGUUGUUCUAUUGCAAGAGAAGCUUCCAAUUUCGUAUCUUAGUGAGAAAUUGAGUAGUGCUAAGCUCAAUUAUUCUAACUAUAUAUGA